CUCAAAACUCGACGUUCGCCGCUCGUGACAGGCACACACACACCACGGUCGCACCCGAGGUCUCGCCUUGCCUUGCUGUGCUCUGACGUCAUUUCCCUGCCCGCUCUUCCACGGCAAAUCUUUUCUGUGGAUCUCGAGAGCACUACAGCUUCGUCUCGCCUUACCAGCCGCCUUCGCCAUCUGCAGCAGCAACUUUUUGCCUGCUGUGGUGCCAAGUGUUCGUCGAAGUCCGUGCCAUAGUCCUCCUGAUAGCAUUGUCGCCGUGUCAUAGUCGCCGUGUCAGCAUAGUCGCCGUGCGAUUAUGAUCGGUGACGGCAGCGCCGCAGCGGUGGCGGCGGCGGCGGACCACCUCGUCGAGUCGCUCCACUCCGCCGCGCCCGACGCCGCGGCGUCGCUCGCCACCGGCCCCACGCCGGCGCUGGUGGCGCUGGUGUCGCUGGCGGUGCUCGUGUCGUCGCUCGCGCUCUUCCUCCUCCGCCACCGCACCGCCUCGUCGCUCAACGCGCGACAAGUACCAGCCGCCGCGGGGCCAGGCGCCGGGGGCAAGUACCAGCCGCUGGCGAGGGGGCUCGAGGCGGCAGGUGUGGCGAGUGAGGGCGAGGAGAGGACUAGCGGGGCGUGUGAGGCGGAGGGCGAGGAGGGCAAGGCGGCGAUCGGCGUGCUGUUCGGCACGCAGACGGGCACCGCCGAGGGAUUCGCCAAGACACUUGUCUCGGAGCUGCAGCACCACUUCGCACCGCACUGCACCGUGGAGCUCAACAGUUUGGACGAUCUAGCGGCGGACAGCGAGGGCUUCACAGCGAGGCUCAAGGCGUUCCACGCCGCCUUCUUCCUCGUCGCCACGUACGGCGAUGGCGAGCCAACGGACGACGCGCAGCGCUUCUUCAAAUGGCUCCACGCUGCUGCUGCCAGCGCAGAGGCUCAGGAUGCCACAGCUGACAACCCCUUGCCUCUGGAGGGUCUUCGAUUCGCAGUCUUUGGUCUCGGCAAUCGGCAGUACGAGCACUUCAACUUGAUGGGCAAGUCGCUGGACAAGCAUCUCGCCGCCCUCGGCGGGCAGCGUGUGGCGGAGGUGGGGCUGGGCGACGACGACCAGUGCAUUGAGGACGACUUCAAGGCCUGGAGGACGGGCGUGUGCAAGGGCUUUGAACAGCUCGUGCUGCGCAGGGGGGGCGGUGGGGACGACCAGGGGGGCGAGGGGGCAGCGGAGGGGGAGUGGGAGGAGGAGGAGGAGGAGGUGCGAGAGUACUGGGUGCAGUACCACGGGAGGGGGGGGGAGGGGGCGGAUGGAAGGGAGAACGGAGAGGUGAAUGGGAGGGAGAACGGGGAGGUGAAUGGGAGGGAGAACGGGGAGGUGAAUGGGGGAGAGAAAGGGGCGAAUGGCGUGCAGGAGCAGAUGAGCAUGGGGGAGGCGAUUGCAGCAGUGGGAUGGCACUCGCACACCAUUGCCAGGGCGCGGCUGGCAGCAGUGAGGGAGCUGCAGGCGCCGCACUCGGACCGCUCCACACUGCAUGUGGAGCUCGACCUCUCAGAAUGCCCGGGCCUUCACUACGAGGUGGGCGACCAUGUGGCAGUGUUUCCGGAGAACAGUGAGGCUGAUGUGGCAGCAGUGGCCAGGUGUCUGGGAGUGGACCUGGAUGACGUCAUCUCCCUGCACCUGCCAUCCCCGUCCUCCUCCCUGCCACCCCCCCCUCCCGGCCACCACACCAUCCGAGCCGUGCUCGCCUCGCUGCCCGACCUCCACUCCUCGCCGCGCAAGGCAGCGCUGUCAGUAUUGGCUCGCUGUGCCGCGGACCCAAAAGAGGCGGAGCGCCUGAAGCACCUCGCCAGCGACCAGGGCAAGGCGGACUACCUGCAGUGGGUGCUGGCGGCGCACCGCUCGCUGCUGGAGGUGCUGCAAGCCUUCCCCUCCGCGCGCCCCCCUCUCGCCGUCUUCCUCGCCUCCAUGGCGCCGCGCCUGCAGCCACGCUUCUACUCCAUCUCCUCCCACCCCAGGCACGCACCCUCAUCGCUGCACAUCACAUGCGCCGUGGUGCGCGACGUCACUCCCGCGGGCCGCACGCACCACGGCGUGUGCUCCUCACACCUCCACCGCCACCUGCCCCUGCUCGCCCACCCCUCUUCCCCCUCCUCGCCCCCCUCGCCCCCCGUGCGCGUGCCGGUGUUCAUCCGCUCCUCGCACUUCCGCCCGCCCGCCGACCCCUCGCGCCCCAUCGUCAUGGUCGGUCCUGGCACUGGCCUCGCGCCCUUCAGAGCCUUCCUGCAGCACCGUGCUCUGCUACUGAAGGGCGGGGAGAGUCUGGGGGAGGCGCUUCUGUUCUUCGGCUGCCGCCACCACGACCAGGACUACAUCUACCGGGAGGAGCUGGCAGCGUAUGCGGAGAGCGGCGUGCUGUCAGCGCUGCACGUGGCCUUCUCCAGAGACGGGCCCUCCAAGGUCUACGUGCAGCACCUGCUCAAGCAAGAGGCGGCGAGGGUGUGGCAGCUGAUAAGGGAGGAGGGCGGCAGUGUGUAUGUGUGCGGCGACGCCAAGGCCAUGGCCAGGGACGUGCACCAUGCGCUUGUGGACAUGGCAGUGGCGCAGGGCAACAUGGCAGAGGAAGAGGCAGUAUCUUUGCUGGAUAGUCUAGUGGAGCAGGGUAGAUAUCUCAGAGACAUUUGGUAAAUAGGUUCAUGCAAAGUGUAUUAGGUAUACUAGUUUGUCGUACAAAAAAAAAAAAAAAAGCUCCACAUGGCUACUGAAACUGAAACUGGGAUUUGGUCUACCCAUGAUUGCUCUGUUGGGACAUGGGUGCACGUCCGGGGUACGUUGCCUUCUAUUACUAAGUGUUGUGAGCUGGUGUUGUGGUAUAUGGGUCGUCAUAUUGCGAAGGCUUGGUGUUAUGAA